GUUAAUGUGUGCUCAGAUCAACUCUCUAGUGCAUUUGGGGUCUUGUAUUUAAGAACCUCUAGUUUGUAACAGGAUUUUUGCAUUCCAGAAUUAAUUUGCUUAUGCAUUUGGUUUAGCUCCCCAUUUGUCAAGAUGAAAUUCCUUCUCUUGUUCUGGCCCUUCAGUUACCUUGGAUUUACCUAUGGGACAGGGUACAUGUAUCAAUUCCCAGCAUCAAGUGUGCAGCACAACUACCCAGAUCAGAACUCCGCAUCUGCCAGCAGCAGCUACUCAAACCGCAGAAACUGGUGUCAAUUUACAGUAACAAGAACAGUUAGUUGCCAAGUACAAAAUGGUUCUGAGACAAUGGUUCAGAGGGUUUAUCAAAGCUGCCGAUGGCCAGGACCUUGUACCAAUCUUGUGAGUUACAGGACUCAUUUAAGACCAUUAUACAAACUGUCAUACCGAACAGUGACUACCCUGGAAUGGAGGUGCUGUCCUGGGUUCAUUGGAAAUAACUGUGAGGAAGAAUGCAUGAACUGCACAAGACUUGCUGCCAUUGUAGAAAGGAUAAAUAAUCUUGAAGCCAAGGUAAUCACCUUGGAAGCUUCUGAAAAAGUAUCAGAAAAUGACCUGCCAAUCACAAGAAGCACAGCAACAUGGAAUGAGGAUUUCCUACCAGAUGCUAUACCUCUCAUGAGCCCAGGAACACUAUUUAGGAAAUCUGUUAAACAUCAACCAGGUUCCAAGGGAGAUGCAGAAGAAAAAAGGACAAGAGGAUUACCAGGGAUUCCUGGGCCACCAGGGUCAAAUGGGCUUGUUGGUUUACCAGGAUCUAAGGGAGAACGGGGACAAAUAGGAGCAAUUGGACCUAUAGGGCCACCAGGACCAGUGGGGCCACAAGGGCCAAGAGGGUCUCCAGGAGAAAAUGGCACUCCAGGACCACCUGGCCCACCCGGCCCUCCAGGCAAACCAGGAAUCCCCCUUUCUUUUCCAGAGGGAGUUUUGUACUCAUUGCAACCUAAUGUAGAGAGGGAAAAUGGGGAGACUCAUCUGGUGUCAACAAUCACAGACACAAUAAUGUCUGGACUCCCUGGACCUCGUGGUCCACCAGGGCCCAUUGGACCACCAGGUCUUCCAGGACCAAGUGGACCUGUAGGAGCUCCUGGCCCACAGGGCAGGUCAGGGCUUCCAGGUCAACCAGGGAUAACAGGGCCAAAAGGUGAUCAAGGAGAAAGAGGGGAACCAGGUCUAGCAGGAGAGCAGGGACAAAAGGGGCCACCAGGAGAACCUGGCAACAAAGGGGAAGAGGGUCACAAAGGAGAAGAGGGCGAAGGUGUCCAACAGCUUAGAGAGGCCUUAAAAAUUUUAGCAGAGAGAGUGCUGAUCCUGGAGCACAUGAUAGGUAUUCAUGAUACUGCAUCUUCAACUGAGCCAGGCUCUGGUCAGGACAUUUUAGGUUCAGUCUUUCCUAAUAGCUUAAAAUUAAAGCGUGAGCAACAACAGAGGUUUCAGUCAUUUGACAUCUUUUCAUCGCUACUGGAUGACAGUGAUACGAAUCAGAAGUGAAAGCAGAGCUGCGGUCGCCAUUGGGAAAUAAAUUGCCAACACACCGAUUAAAGUUGCAGAAAUUGCAUACAUUUUAUAAAUAUUUACGGAAGAAUAUUUCAGCACAUGUUGCUCAGAAAUUAUUUUUGGAAACCAAAAUGGCUACUUGUAUUUUAAAUAUUGUUUUGUUUUUAUAAUAACACUUUAAAAAUGUAAA